AUGCCGAUUAACCAACCAAGUAAUCAAAUAAAGUAUGGAUGUAUUUCACGAUUAUUCACAUUUCCGCUCACCAAUGUUUCAAUAGUUCGUUUAAAAAAAGGUGGCAAGCGUUUUGAAAUUGCUUGUUAUAAAAAUAAGGUAAUGGAAUGGAGAAAUGGAGUGGAAACAGAUUUAGAUGAAGUUCUUCAAAUUAAUAAUGUAUUUCUAAACGUUUCCAAAGGUCAAGUGGCACCAAAAGAUCUUCUAACAAAAGCAUUUAAAACUGAAGAUUUAAAUCCAAUUAUUGUCGAGAAAGGAGAACUUCAAGUUAGCGAUAAAGAAAGAACUCACCAAAUUGAUCACACAUAUCGGGAAAUUGCUAUAAUUGUAGCGGAUAAAUGUGUAAAUCCUGAAACCAAACGACCUUAUACUGUUACUAUGAUUGAAAAGGCUAUGAGUGAUUUACAUAUUUCAGUUAAUGUUAAUAAGAGUACAAAGUUACAAGCUUUAGAAGUAAUUAAACAACUUCAAGAGAAAAAAGCUAUUCCUAUUGCGCGUGCUCAAAUGCGUUUAAGAAUUACAAUGAUAAAUUCAAAGGAAACUAAAAAGAUUAAAGAAAAAUUGAAACCGGUGAUUUCUCAGACUGAAGAUGAAAAUUGGGGAGAUGAAUAUGAAUUGAUAUGUUUAAUUGAUCCCGGACAGUACAGAAAUAUUCGUGAAAUAAUAGAAAAAGAUACUAAGAGUCAAGGUCAAAUAGAAUUAUUAUCUUUAAAUGAUAUAAGUGAAGGAGAUAUAAAAUUGUAA